AUGGUCCGUUACGCUGCUCAGGAGAUUCCGGCCGCUAAGAGCGCCCGCGCCCGGGGCUCUUACCUGCGUGUCAGCUUCAAGAACACCCGUGAGACCGCUCAGGCCAUCAACGGCAUGAAGCUGCAGCGCGCCCUUACCUUCCUCAACAACGUCACCGAAAAGGCUGAGGCUGUCCCCAUGCGUCGGUACGCUGGCAGCACCGGUCGCUGCGCUCAGGGCAAGCAGUGGGGUGUCAGCAAGGCUCGUUGGCCCGUCAAGUCCGCCGAGUUCCUUCUCGACCUCCUGAAGAACGCUGAGGCCAACGCCGACACCAAGGGUCUCGACACCGGCAACCUCGUUGUCAAGCACAUCCAGGUCAACCAGGCUCCCAAGGGCCGCCGCCGCACCUACCGUGCUCACGGUCGUAUCAACCCCUACAUGACCAACCCCUGCCACAUCGAGCUCAUCCUUACCGAGGGUGAGGAGACCGUCGCCAAGGGUCCCGCUGUCAAGGAGGUCCGCCUCAGCUCCCGCCAGCGUGGUGCUCAGCUCCGCCGUGCUCUCAUUGAGGCAUAA